AUGGAGGCGAUUAAGACCACGGCGGUGUUUCAGAGCGUGGACCCCUCGCUUAGGGCCUAUUUCAAGAAACACUCCAUACCCGACAUCUAUGAGGCCCUGUUGUGUGGUCUACUAGCUAUGCGUCCAGAUGAUCCACUCAGGUUUUUAGAAGAAAAGCUAAAAGAAGUAAUGGAAAAAGGUCUAUAUAGUAUUUUAUGGGACACGUGUAUUGAUCCAGACCUAAGUCUAACACUAAAAGCGAUUUCAGAUACAUAUUUACACACCCUUUUGGGACUGGAUGAUGAUCAAUUGAUGACUGAGGAUUUAUGUGAUAAAGCAUGGGACUUUUAUAGCAUUAACUUAAAGAGAAUGUGCUUUGAUGCCUGGAUAGAGUAUUGUACUAUGAGGAAAAUUUCUAGGGAAAUUUUUCAGAGAAAGAUGGCUUUUGCAAAACACUUCUAUGAACAAAAACUAUUAAAAUUAAAGUUACAGCAGUGGAGCAACUGGGUGAAUUUUCGCCAUGAACAAACCAAAACAGCAGCAAGGAGGCUUGGGAAUGUCUUUGAUUGCAGUUUACAGAUGAUUGUCUUAAAGGCUUGGCGAAAACAAACUGGCUUUACUAAAAAGGCUAAAAAAUACACUGAGCAAAUAGUAGAAGAGUCUGAGGAUUUUCUUAGUGUUGACUAUCAUGCUGAAAAACGUGAAAAACGUGAAAAGCAUGAAAAACAGGAAAAACAGGAAAAAGAAAAAAGUCACUCUUUAAGACAUUCGCAUGAAGAGCAUAUACCAGUACCACAUGUAAAAGGCAAAGAUCAUAUGGCAAAACUGCCAGAAAGAGCAGUGGCCCAGAUCUUCCAUUAUUUAACUAUAAUUGAUUUGGCAAGAUGCGCUCAAGUUAGCCGAAAUUGGAAAGCAAUGACACAAAUGGGUUCAGUAUGGAGUAAUAUUAAUUUUUCUGCAGUAAAAGACAAGAUUAAAGAUAACAUAGCCGGAAAUAUUUUGCUGAAGUGGCAUACUAAUGUGCUGAAUUUGAAUCUGCGUGGUUGUGCUACUCUUUAUUGGUUUACUUUUAAAAAUAUUGCUCACUGUAAGAAUUUGCAAGACUUAAAUGUCACUGAAUGUCAAGGGUUAAAUGAUGAACUAAUAAGGCUUGUAACAGACAGUUGCCCAGCAAUCCUUUACUUAAAUUUAUCUCACACAGAUAUCACAAAUGGAACACUAAGACUUCUGUCAAGGGGAUGCCCCAAUUUACAGUAUUUAAGUUUAGCUUAUUGCAGAAAAUUUACAGACAAUGGCUUACUGUACCUCGGCUCUGGAAGAGGGUGCCACAAGCUCAUCUACUUGGAUAUUUCAGGCUGCCUCCAGAUCACAGUGGAAGGCUUCAAGAAUAUUGCUGACAGCUGCAGUAGUAUCAAACACUUGAUCAUUAAUGAAAUGCCCACUCUAUCAGACAGAUGUAUUCAGGCUUUAGCUGAAAAAUGCCAUCAGAUUGAGUCUGUUGAAUUUAAUGACUCCCCACAUGUUUCUGAUGCAGCUUUUAAAGCACUUGCUAAAUGUAAACUUGUCAAGAUGAAAAUACAAGGGAGUAAUCGGAUUACUGACCUAACUUUCAAACUCAUAAGCAAUUCCUGGCCUCAUAUGAAACACAUUUGUGUGGCUGACUGCCAGAAGAUAACAGAUUUGAGUCUCAAGAUGAUUGCACCACUGCCUGAUAUUGUUAUACUGAAUUUAUCCGAUUGUAUAAGAGUCACUGAUGGAGGACUAAAAGCAUUUACUGAUGGUGCUUCAGGCUCACAUAUACGAGAACUCAGCUUGGCCAAUUGUUCCUAUAUCUCUGACAGUUCUAUCACAAAAAUAGCCCAAAGGUGCCACAAUCUGAUUUAUCUGAAUCUGCGUUAUUGCCAAUCUGUGACUGAUGCUGGAAUUGAUGCUUUAACACAGAUCUCCUCACUUGCAUAUAUUAAUAUUUCUGGAAUUAAUGUCACAGACCAGGCUUUGGAUGCUCUUGGCAGACUCUGGAAAAUUAAGGAGCUUAUUAUAUCAGAAUGCAGGCUGUUAACUGAUUCAGGAAUGAAGAGAUUCUGCCUUGAUUUAAGACGCCUAGACCACGUUGAUUUAUCUUAUAACCAGCAGUUAACAAAUAAUGCAUUAAAACAUUUGGCAUUCAACUGCCACAGAAUUACAAUUCUAAGUGUAACUGGUUGUCCCAAGGUCACUGAUACCGGCAUUCAGUUUGUGGCUGCAGAAUGCCCUUUCCUGCACUAUUUGGAUAUUUCAGGCUGCAUGUGUAUUACUGACAGAGCACUUAAGUGUCUGUGGAAAGGUUGCCAUCAACUUCGAAUUCUUAAGAUGCUGUACUGCCCAAAUAUUACCAGACAAGCAGUUUCAAAAUUUGCACCAAGGCUCCAGAAAUAUGAAUACAACGAUGAAGAACCUCCUGAGUGGUUUGGUUAUGAUGCCAAGGAUGAUGCACCCACUCAAAAGAAACCAAAAAAAACCUCGGCCAAGCAUAGAACCAAGUAUAGAGUCCAGUACACCUUCCACGGUUUCCCCUUCAAUAGAAAAAAGUGUGGAUUUCAGUAUCCCCCCACAGUAGAACCACCACAGCAUACUGGUAAUCAUAUAUGUUUAAUAGCCUUAAGCACAAAGAAUUGAAAUGGAAACUCAUUUUUGUUUUGUUUAAGAAGAUAAUGAUACAUUGUCUUAAGAUUGUUUUUAGUUUGAUAGCUAGUACAAGCCAUCCUAGAAAACAUUGUUACCUUCUUUCCUAAUUAGUACAGUCAAAUAAAUGUUAGUAUUUUGUUCAGUUCUUCUUUGAACACCAGUCAACUAAAGCUUAGUUUUCUCUACAAAUAAUUAACGUAAUUUGUGUACAGUAUAGUGCUAUGUACAUUUAAGAGAAUUGAGUUGGUAUUUUUCUGCUUGUUGAAGACAGCAUUCUGCCCCU